GAGUUUCUCCUCUCCGCGAUGAUACUAAAAUGUUUAUAUUUCUGAACUUCAUAUUGAUUUCCUGAAGUGAAACGAGCGGAAGGAAAAUCUGCAACGGCGACGUGCCCCUCCACCAACGACCACGGUGAUGGUUCGACGCACACGUGGCAGAUAACGGCCAUGAAAGGAACUGAAAAAGAGAGAAAUAAAGUGCCCCUCUGAAAAGGGCGGUAAAUGGGCAAAACGUUGAUGAGUGCGGCGGGCACGGUCAACACGCAUUUAGCGGCAUUACCCCACGAUGUUGUCGCACGUCACGCGAAUACCGCCGUUCCGCCCCCUAAAAUGAAGAAAGUACUAACAGUAAAAAGAACAACGAAAGGAAGUGUUUCCUCGUACAUCAAGCUGAAGAAAAGAAGAAGCGGCGAAACAAACAAUAGUGUUGGCCUUUGAUUACGGCUUCUAUAAAAGGAAAAAUCUCUUUUGUUUCGUACAUCGCUGGAGGACGCUCAUUUGCUGCACCGCAUUCUGUCCUUGGGUUUUUCUGUGCUCGCAGAUGACUUCACCCCACACGAUUGUGUCUCGAAGUUUUUUUCCCCUUUUUAAAGGCUCCUUUUCACUUUCUUUUUAUGUCUCUCUUUUAUUUUUAUUUUUAUUAUUUAACCCGUUUUUACUGGUGAGGACUCGUGGGAAGUUCGAGGGGCUUUGGCAGUUGCUGUCGCGUAAGCUUCGCCUCUGCCACUCCUCAUUCUAUUUCUGUUCUUGGUUUCCUCUUCUGCUUUCAAGUUUUUGUUUCCCGUCCUUUUACUCUUUUCACUGAAAGCCAGAUUCUCCCUCAGCAAAAACUCGUAAUAUGUUCGAUUGUGUGACACCUGUCUUCUAUUUUUCUAUUUUAAAUAUAUAAGCAAUGUCUACGGUCGUCUUCGCUGUCCACUGGCUCUUCUUUUUGCCCGGUGCUGAUGUCUGCCUUUCUCCGUUCCGGCCUCGGCCGGCGAACACCGUUGUGCGCCGAUGCGCCGCAAGCACAUCGCACGACGGAACGCGAAACACCUCUCUGGUGCGGCGUUCGAAGAGAGCUCGCGUUAGAGAGCGUCAGCCGAAGCUAUACACGUUCACGCACACUCGCACACAUCCUUGAAGGCCUCCUCUUUCUUUUUGUCUUAUUCGGUUCCCCGACGGGGCCUGCGUCAUUCAACAGGAACGUGAACGGAAACUUCUGCCUGCCUGUGCCCGAGCUGAUUCGCCAGUGGUGGAAGAGAAAGGAGACAAUGAAGAGAACAUUUUUUACGAGAAUGCACCGAGAUGGUCGUAACUUAAAAAAAAAACCGGAAGAGGAACAAAAUCACCUGUCUGUGCAGCGAACCAAAGAAGUGCGUAAGCGCGGCUUUUGUACAGCAGAUGAGGCCCAACGCCGUUGUAAGACGAGGCGUGAGGUUUUGUUUUUCCUUCUUCCUCUUGACCGACUUUUCUCGUUCAUCUCUUCCUCCUUUUCAGUUUUUCUUUAUUUAGUUUUGUUUGUCUGUACUUUCGUCUCCCACUCGUGCACAAACCAUGCGUGGUGCACACCCACGUAAGUGGCGUGUGUGAUUGCUUCUCUCCUUCUCUCUUUUCUUGUUUCCUUUUUGUAAGCACGGCUGAGUGCUUCAUGUGGCAAAGCUCAAAAGAAAGCUGCGCCGAAGAACUGAGAUACAAAAGAAGACUGCAUCAGCGAUGAGGACUGUACGAGCCGCCACGGCUUCUUCUCUCUCUCUCUCUCUGUGUGUGUGUGUGUGUGUGUGUGUGUGUGAUGGGUGGUACUUUCGCAUCAUCGUCGAUGCCACGCCCACAACGGGAAGCAAUCUUUGACUGCGCGGUAGACUUCUACCGUCGGCUCAAUUGUCCUUCCUUUCCUUUGCCUCUGCCAUGGCACAAGUGCUGCAGGGCCGUGAUAACACACAUGCAUCAACACCUUCAUCGUCCCUGCCCACCUCGUCCCUCCAACUCUCACCGCGUUCUCGCGUAAAACAUUGUUUUUCUCUUCCCAGGUCUCUUGCGCUCUUUCAAGUCAAUUUAUUUAAGCCUUCAUUUAAACCGUUUUUUUUCUUUUAAAAUUCUCGUACUUGUACGCAAGUACCUUUUGUUUUUGUUUCUCUUUUGUUUACUUCUGCCUGUCUGUUAAGAAACUGCGGAGAUGCCGAAGGCCAACAAGCACGCUGAAGUGAAGCCGUCGAAGUACAAGACAAGCCUGUGCCAGUUCUUUCUGAAGGGCGAGGCGUGCCCCUACGCAGACCGCUGCGCCUUCGCACACGGCGAAGAGGAGCUGCAGACGGAAUCGAAGAACGUCGAGGUGCUCAAGGCGACCGGUCUGCAGCGGCUGGACGGCGCACCGCCGGUGGAGGUGAAGGAGGCGACGAUCACGACACCCACCACCGUCUCCACCAACUCCUUCACCGGCAGCGUCUCGACGGAGCCGGCGGCGGUGUCGGAGCCGACCUCCCCGACGUCGCCCGUCGUGCGCCAGCGUCGCCGCACCGUGAUGGUCUCGCUGCCGAAGCACAACACGCGCAACGAGACGUAUCAAUCACCCUACAGCGCCCGCCAGUACGAUCCGUGCUACAGCGAUGCCAGCCGUGCGGAGUUUGGCUACCCGACGCAGCAACUCACGCACACGUACCGUGCGGAGGCGGCGCACGUGAGUGGGUUGAGCGGAAGCCCCGUGCACGACACUCCGUACUGCGCCUGCCGCUUCUCUGCGACCUGCAGCCAGGGCCAGCCUUCCAAGUACCGCCACAACCCCUACGGAAUGACGGGCCGCAUCCCGCAGUGCGCGUAG